AUGGACGAAGCAAACUAUAUCAAUUAGUUUAUCUUAAAUGAGGGAAUUGAUGAGUAUAAUCAAGAAUAUCAUUUUAGAUUGCCAUCACACCAUGUUGAAGAGGAAUCUUUAGAACAUUUAUACUAUUCCAUGAUGUAAUGGCAAUCAACUUAUGAUUAGAAGGAUUCCAAUAAAAACUUAGCUUAGAAAAGGAGGAUCAAUGAUAUGAGGUAUUAUCAACUAUAUGUUUGUAUCUUCUCUAGAUUCUCCGAUCUGGAAGAUUAGAGAAUUUUAGAAUUGGUUAUAUAACUUGGUCCCAACUUCAAUAAAAUAGUAAAGUAUUUCCCAGGGAAAACAAUGAAUAUGAUCAAGAAUAGAUACUAUAAAAAGUUAAGAUUCAACAAGGAAUACUAUUUGGGUGAUAAAUAGAAGAGUAAAACAAAAAAGAACAAAUGAAAGAGUGCCA